CUCCUUCAGUCCAUCUUUCCUGCCUUUCUCCCAACGCUCCAAUCCAUUGCUCUUCCCUUGUCGAUACCCCGCAUACAUCCCACGAUGGCCUCAGAAAAGAAGCCGGAGCUUGGCUCCGUCAUGGUGAUUGGCGGCUGUGGCUUCCUCGGUCACCACGUUGUCCGCGUGCUCCUCCGCGACUACAUCUGCUCCGUUUCCGUUAUCGACCUACGCUGCACGCGGAACCGGCGACCCGAGUCGGAUGGCGUCCAAUACUUCGAGGCCGACAUCACCGACGCCGCCAAGCUCGAAACCAUCUUCAACCAGGUCAAGCCCCAGGUCGUCAUCCACACCGCGUCGCCUGCCGCCCAGUCCAACGAUAGCGUCUCCCAUGCGCUGUUCAAGAAGGUCAACGUCGACGGCACCGCCGCCAUCAUCAAGGCGUGUCAGCAGACGGGCGUUACCGCCCUCGUUUACACCAGUUCCGCCAGUGUGAUGAGUGAUAACAAGUCCGACCUCAUCAAUGCGGACGAACGCUGGCCCGUCAUCCGCGGAGCCCAGCAGAGCGAGUACUAUUCGGAGACAAAGGCCGCCGCCGAAGAACUGGUCCUCCAGGCCAACCGUUCCGCCGCCGCCCCUUCCCUGCUCACCUGCUCCAUCCGUCCCUCAGGCAUCAUGGGCGAAGGCGACACCAUGACGCUGUACCACCUAAUCAAGCUGUACCAGAACGGCAAGACCUCCGUUCAAGUCGGCGACAAUGACAACCUCUUCGACUUCACCUACGUCGAGAACGUAGCGCACGGUCACUUGUUAGCCGCCGUCGCCCUCCUCCAAACGUCCAAGCUCAAGAUCGCCCCACUAGACCAUGAGCGCGUCGACGGCGAGGCCUUCAUCAUCACCAAUGACUCGCCCGUGUACUUUUGGGAUUUCUGCCGGGCUGUGUGGAACGCUGCGGGAUCUCCCCAUGGGACUGAGCACGUGUGGGUUUUGCCGCGCGAUGUUGGUAUUGUGCUGGGCUUUUUGUCGGAAGUCUUCUUUGGGAUCAUUCGCAAGCCGCCGACAUUUAAUAGGCAGCGCAUCAUUUAUAGCUGCAUGACGAGGUACUACGACAUUUCUAAGGCUAAGAAGCGGUUGGGAUAUAAGCCGCUGGUGCCGUUGGAUGAGGCGGUGAAGAGGUCGGUCAAGUGGACGCUGGAGCAGCAGAAGGGGGAGAAGUUGCAAUAGGUGUAGCAGGCCUUGGAUGUGGAAGGGAUAAAGGGUGUGGUGGUGGUGGUGAAAGAAGCAAAUAUCGACGGAAGGCAUGAUAACUGUAUAUGAAACAUUGGACAAGCGCUGAUGGGGCGAAAUAAGUCGGGCCUUGCGUGCUGGAACGCGCCGUACUAUCUGUCCCGCCGUAUAAUAAUAUCUAAUGACGACAUUUGAAUGAUGGACGACUAGGCAUGCCUCUUUCAAGACAUGUUGGCUGGGUGGAUGAAGGGGUGAGCUGGACAUUGAUCCACGGACAGAUGCUAAACAUGUCAUACGAAGCUACGAAUUCCUUCAACAAAGCCCACAC